GUGCCCCUCGGGCGGUUUGGUCCCGGUGCCGGUGGCGAUGUGGGCCCCGGGGGCCUGGGGGCGGGGCCGGCCGCGGUGGCGGCGCUGGGGCCCGGCCUGGCCCUGGGGAGCCCCGAGCACACGUCUGACAGGGUCAAGCGACUUUGAUCUGGUUGUCAUCGGCGGCGGGUCCGGGGGCCUCGCCUGUGCCAAGGAAGCCGCCGAGUUCGGAAAGAAGGUGGCCGUCUUGGACUACGUGGAGCCUUCUCCCAGAGGAACCAAGUGGGGUCUCGGCGGGACUUGCGUGAACGUGGGCUGCAUCCCCAAGAAACUGAUGCACCAGGCGGCCCUCCUGGGAGGGGCUGUCCAGGACGCCCGCUGCUACGGCUGGAACGUCCUUCACCCCGUCCGGCACGACUGGAGCAAAAUGGCCCAAGCCAUUCAAAAUUACGUCAAAUCCUUGAACUGGGGGCACAGAGUGCAGCUACAGGAUAAGAAAGUCAAGUACUUCAACAUGAAAGGCAGUUUUGUGGAUGAGCACACGAUCCGUGGCGUGGCGAAAGAUGGCAAAGAGACGCUGAUCACAGGGGACCACGUCGUCAUCGCCACCGGAGGAAGGCCCCGCUACCCGGCUCACAUCCGAGGGGCGGUGGAGCACGGCAUCACAAGCGAUGACCUCUUCUGGCUGAAGGAGUCCCCAGGAAAAACGUUGGUGGUUGGCGCCAGCUAUGUUUCCUUGGAGUGUGCUGGAUUUCUCACAGGAAUUGGAUUGGAUACCACAGUAAUGAUCAGAAGUAUCCCGCUUCGAGGAUUUGAUCAGCAAAUGUCUCUGCUGGUCAAGGACUCCAUGGCGACCCUCGGCACCCGGUUUCUGGAGCAGAGCACCCCCACCGACGUCGAGAAGCUGCCGGAUGCCCGCCUGCGGGUCACGUGGACCGACGGCCGCUCGGGCGGACGAGGGACGGACGAUUUUGACACCGUGCUGUGGGCCAUAGGUCGGGCUCCCGAGACCAAGGCUCUGAAUCUCCGGGAGGUGGGCGUGGAGCUGAACCCGAGCUCCCAGAAGAUCAUCGUCGACGCCGGGGAGACCACUUCGCUGCCCCACGUGUACGCCAUCGGGGACGUCGCCGAGGGACGUCCGGAAUUGACCCCGACAGCCAUCGCGGCCGGGAGGCUCCUGGCCCGACGCUUGUUCGCCCGGAGCUCAGAGCUCAUGGACUAUGACAACGUGCCCACUACGGUGUUCACCCCGCUAGAAUACGGCUGCGUGGGGCUCUCGGAGGAGAAGGCUGCGGAACGCUAUGGAGAGGAAAAUAUCGAGGUGUUCCACGCCCAUUACAAACCUCUGGAGUUCACCGUGGCGGACCGGGAUGCCUCUCAGUGCUAUGUAAAGAUGGUCUGCCUGCAGGAAAGGGACCUGAAGAUUGUCGGCCUCCACUUCGUUGGCCCACAUGCCGGUGAAGUGAUUCAAGGAUUUGCUCUCGGAAUAAAGUGCGGCGCAACUUACGCCCAGCUCAUGCAGACGGCCGGUAUCCACCCGACGUGUGCCGAGGAAGUGACUAAACUUCGCAUCACCAAGCGCUCCGGGCUGGAUGCCACGGUCACGGGCUGCUGAGGGUAAGCCCCCGGCCGCCCCCAGCCGAACAAGCAGAGCGCCCAGAUACCACCCGUCCGCCCAUCCAUCCCAGUAAGUCUCCCAGUGACCGGCCACCCCAUCACCAAGCGCUCCGGGUCGGACGCCACGGUCACAGGCCACCUCGGGUAAUCCCGCAGCCGAGCAAGCGCACAGCAUGUGGACUCUGCCCAUCCAUCCCAGGAAGCGGACGGGUCCCCCCAUCCCCAGGCAGUUCGGGCUGGGUACCACAGUUCCGGGCUGCCGAGGGUCAGCCUCCGGCCGAUCAAGCAGAGAGUACGUGUCCGCCAUGUACCCGUCCGUCCAUCCGUCUUUCAGUUCCAGGAAGGCCCGGGUGAUGUUCCCCCACGGCUCGAGCCCCCAGUUUGGGGCAGUUGGGGCCCCUGAUCUUGAGGUGCCCUUUCCCACAGUACCGCACCGUCACCCCACGGUCAGUGACCGUCCGCCGAGAAUGGCCACGCUCUGACUGGAGUGGCACUCCCCUGCAGACAGGCAAGCUCGCGACCCAGGCCAAGGCCAGCCCCGGACCACCCGCGGGAAAGUGGAUGCCAGAGCUGGGGGCGGAGGAACGUGUCCAGAUCCUGGUGGGAUGAGCCAGUCUGAUCCCCGGAAUGCUAACGGGGCCCAAGAGGCUCUCGGGGCUGGGAGAGGACAGGGCCCCAUCUUGCCCUAGACCCGCCCCACACUGGCAGCGGGUCUGAAGCCCAGGCGAUCCACCACCGUCGCCGGGGCCCCUCGGGCAGCGUCGGAGGGGGCACCGGGGCCGAGACCAGUGGCCAGCGGCCGGCGAGCAGAGAGUGGCCGUGGCCAGGAGGACCAGACGCUGGCUCUUUCCGUAUUUUCCAGAAGGGGGAGGUGCUGCCUCACGGGUGGAGGCCGGGAAAGGAGCCGGACUGGAGUCCAGCGAGGUAGGGCCGGACUGGCCACGCCACGGCCUUCACGGGCUCCGGAGUUUAGAGCCCAGGGGGAGACCAGGAGGCCCCCGCUCAUUCCCGUGCCAUUCCGAACUUGCCCUGCGGUCUCGGCGAGGACUCUGGGAAUGGGGGCCUUCCCCUCUCCGUCUGGCGACGGACGGACGGACUGCGUUUCUUCGGGUCCCCGCGGUCUCCCUCAGCGGACGUUGGGACGUGGCGGGCCGGGAGGGGAAGGGGGUGUCAGCCCCGGGAUGGUGCCUUCUGUGAGGUCCUGGUGGAGCGUGCUGGGAAAAGAAUCGUGCCGGGGCUGAAGGGUUCGCCCUUUCCCAGGAUUUUUCAGCGUUGCGAUGCCGAGGCCUCUCCCGGCUCCCCCCGAACCCACGUGUGCGCGCAUGGGAAUGCGGAAGGGCCGUGGAACGUGGGCGGAAACGGCUGCUUCCUGCCCCCCUCACCUGGUGCCGAGGGCCGCGGUUAGCUCCCAGUCAGGCCGCGGGUCUCGGUGUCGCUUCUCCCGGCAAGUUGCCCUCCGAACCCGGGCAUGUUGGUCAAGGAUGCCGCCUCGUUGCCCGCCAGGCUUGUGGUGGGGUGAUGUCACUGAAGGGUGACCUCGCUAGGCGCUCCGUGGGGGUCCAUCCCAGGGGGUGGGUAGGGAGGCAUGACAAAUUCACUUCCUUUCCGCCGUGCUCGCUUGUGCUGCUGCGGCCAGCCGCGUGCCCAGGACCGCCCUGGAAGUGGCAGAAUCCACACCAGAGCGGGCCGGGAGUGGAGCCUUAAUUUUCUGUGGGUUGGGUGCCCACCAACCCCGGGACUGCAGAUCCCAGGCACGCUAGAGCGGGACGGGAGAGAUGGGUGGCGCGGCCCCCCCGAGAUGGUCCUUCCCUGGCCGACGGGCGGGCUCAGU